CGGUGAUUCUGGCGGUUUUGGCUCAUGAUGACGGAACAGUUGACCACCGGUACCGGCCUCAUGUCGGGAAUGACUACGGCGGCGGUUGUCGGGCUUGCUGCGGGCGUCUACUAUCUGACGACCCGAACAGGCACCUCGGUCGAAAGUUCGGCACAUUGGCCGAAGGAGAAACAAUCCCAGCCUUACACGAGGAGGGUCCAACCGAAGAAGAGAAAGAUUCAGUUAGCGCUGAACUCGCUGGACGACUUCGUGCCUCUGGGAAACGUGGAACCAGUGGACGACGUGGUUAGGUUCUUCACAAGCCGCGGGAACGAGUUUUCAGUGUACAGCAUCGACUGGGAACAAGAGUCGGUAGUGUUGGUGAGACCAGUGGACGGGACAGAUCUUAAAGAUCACCCAUUCUUUUGCGAGGCUCAAAGAAGGAAUGCAGCUGAGAUCCUUUCUAUUCCGUUUUCACGUCUCCAAGAUGUUGCAGAUGUCAUUCAUCCCAAGGUUGCGCAUGUGCAGAACGUCUUUGUCUAUAUGACGGGAAGAUGCGGCUCCACCCUUCUUGCUCGAGCAAUUGACGCCACUUCAGUUGCUCAAGCGGCCAACGAGCCCGAGCCAUUUUCCACCAUCAGCAUGGCAGCGAACCGGUCCAGACGUUCCAGACAGAAGAAAGAUUUCUUUCUCAAGUCGACCGCGGUGUUAGAUGAAGACAAAACGGUGCAGCUCUUAAGAAACGCCGUUACCCUGCUGAAUUAUCACCUAGUGAUGACAGAUCCUCUUCGCCGGGAUGUCAUCAUGUACAAGCUCAAAGUUGACGUCCUCCUGAUCGGCGAUCUGAUGUACCGGGCCUUCCCGUAUGCGAAAAACAUUUUCCUCUACAGAAACGGGAUGGAGUGCCUAGAGUCAUGGGCGAAAUUGUGGCUUCGAAGCAAAGCUGUAUAUUCCCUCGUUCGGGCAUCAGUACGGCUCGGCUUGUGGAGGUGGGCACCAAUGGUACCCGAACACUUCCGAUGUUUCGGAGACGACGCAAAAUUCACCGAUCAGGCCGAUGGAAGUAGCACAUUUUACACAGUGGCCCUGUGGGUUGGCGCGAUGCAGCGUGCUCUGGAGUUACAGAAGCUCCACCCAGAGUACUUCUUCCAUUGCCUGGUUUACUACGGCGCCUUGGCGAGAGGAAGAGAGAUGUCACUGUGUCUGCUGCUGAAGAGGCUUGGGCUGAAGUGGAAUCCUGAGGAACAUGAAGAAGAAGCGGAGAAGAUGAGGGAGUUGUUCCUUAAGGACAGCCAGGCAGGGACAUUUCUGUCUGCCAGAACCAGGAAACCUGGUGAGAAGUGGACGAAACCGUCUUCAGCCAGCUGGCUAGGAGACUGGGACAGAGACUACAUGUCUAGAGUCUGUGGGGCCACUGGGAACAUCCCGGGUCCUGACUUCAUCUUUCCUGACACCAUGUUGUGAAGAAAUCCACAUUUCAAACACUUAGUACUUAUGCUUAAGUUUAUUCAACACAAAGGGUACAUGAGGAUCAAA